AAUGCCUCAAUCAAAUUUUUGGCCAUUUACUUCAACAAACAAGAGUAUAGAAUCAGACCUGACCGAACAACCUUCAAUCUUGCAAAGGCAGUUAGGAGCCAUGGAAGGGGAAGUUAAGGAAAUCCAAAUGGAACUGGCGGCGAUCAAACGCAACCGCAUUGAUUUGCAGAAGAGGACAACUAAUGAGUUUGUGUACCCGGAUUCCUCCGAUUUAAUGAUGGAUCAAGAGAAAACAGAAGAAUUAAGGAUACAGAAGGAGCCUUUCUAUAGCUAUCCUCGUGAAUUGAACGAGAUUUCUAAAUUAAAAGCGGAACUCAUAAAAGCUAAGAACAUAACGGACGAGGAAAGAUUUCAAAGGGAGAAAUACGAAGCGAAGUUGAAAGAUCUAGAAUUGAAGUUGAAUUCUAUAUGUGGAGGAGAAUCUAUAGUUGAAAACAAGGAUUUGAGGAAAGCAUCAGAGGAUGAGGUUGCCGCCUUAAAAUUGCAACUCAGAGAUAUGCGAGAGGAGGCAGAGGAACUCAAAAUGACUGUUGUUGAGAAGACUGAACAACUGCAAGAGUACCGCGUUAAGUAUCUCCAAGCGCAACAGCAAGUUGAAGAACUAAAACGACAGAUGGAUAUUGUUGAAUACGAUAAUAAACAAGUUUCCGACCAAAUUCAAAUUGAAAUUCAGAAAAUGAAGAUGCAAUUUCAAGAAAAACUGCAGGAGUUAGCUCCUCUGCCGGAUCUACUCAAAGGAGCACAGUUUCAACUGCAGGAGGCCAAACAACUUCAGCAUUUGGCCGAAGAUAGCUCACACCAACUCUCCAACGAACUGCAUAGAGUAAAAGAAAAGUUGGUAAUUGCAGUGAAUAAUUAUAAUCAAGAGAAAGCAGAAAGAUUAAAGAUAACGGAUGAAAAUAAAAACCUGAAAGCCGCGGUAGACGAGUAUAAAAUCGAAUUGGACAUAUUAAAUAAACAAGUCGAUGAGUAUAAAUGCCAAGUGCUGAGACUGGAAGAGAAGCUGGAGCUAUUGGAGAAUAGAUAUAAAGAGAAAACAUCCGAGUGUGGCCAACUAUUGAAGGACCUUGAUGAGAUUAGACUAGAGAACAGUCGUUCCGUGACUCGAUACAAGGAGAGAUCUGAUUCCAUGAGACGAUACUUGCAGACGCAAAUAUCGGAACUAGAGAGGCAGUUGAUACAGAGUAGGGCGCAGUGUAGAGCCUGUCAAAAAGAAAGGGAUGACGUUCGUCAGCGAAUGCAGAUUCAAAUCAACAGUUUACAAGAAAACUUUGAGUUGGUUGAGAUCAGGUUAAACGGUCUCAAGAAUCAGGUCACUUCCCUCAAAAAUAGUUACACUGUGAUCUUGGCUGAAGAAGACGAAAGUUCUGAUUUCAACAAGAUUACUACAACAUGA